AUGAGACUCCCUACACCAAAUUACCUGCCUUCUAGCUUUUAUUCGGAAGUUGGCGGUUUUUCAGCAGCAGUCACGACACCCAGAUCUGUCUGCGCAUUCCAAAAUCCGGCCAUGGUGGUCAACCAAGACCCAAUGUGCGUAGAGGAUGUCAAGGUGGUGAUAGACCAACUGCUGCAGAGGAUGCCAGAGGGCGAACGUGUGUCACUACUGCAGAGUCAGCUCGCGCGUUGCGGGGUCAGAGAACCAAGCUCUGAACGCGGGAGUGUUGCCGGAAAAAAGGCACGUGCCAGGACUGCCAAACGUCGUUCUUCCAACUCCAAGUGCGCUGCGAGCGACGCCGCGGGCGAUGCUGGCUCGCCUCUCUCUACGUCAGACGCAGAGCUGGCGCCAGACAAGGAAAGCCACCCGUGCGGCUUAUGCAAAGAGAUGAAUCAUGAACUGUCCUGCGUCAGGAAGAAUGAUUUGAAGCGUCACUUUGGUGAUUUCCAUCAAAUCGUCACGGAAUAUCGCUGCCCGGUGCAGGACUGCCUGUUCACGUGUGAACUCAAGAAGCAAUUCUCCAAGCACAUCAAGAUUGACGGACUGCACAGGCAGGUGGUGACAAACCACGAAAUUGGCGACCAUAGGCAUAUUGUCUGCCGGCCAGUCAUGUUUGCUUGUGGAUUUGCUGGCUGCUCGUCACUGUUCGAGACUCCGCCUGGGAGCCACAGCACCACUACAUUUGGUGAAUACGUUGAACAUGUGAUGAAACACUAUGACGAAGAAGAACUUCCUCGUUGGUCGUAUUCCACACGAGUUCAAAAUCUUCUGCGUCAAAGCCGCUUUCAAGGAGUAUGGCAGCAGUUUGGUAGCGUGUGCCUCGAUACCCUGGAGUUCGGCUGGGAAUGGACGACAACGCUGCGCCUGGACUUGUUGACCGGCCAGUUUCUGGAUCCGGAACGAACCUUGAAGGAGGCCAUAUCAAUGGGACUAGGUCAGCAGCGAAACUACGGCAUGGAGCGACGACACUUUAGCCAUGCCAUUGCCGCCGGAUCAGGCCAGGGAAGCCCAAUGAUGGCCAUGUCUGGAUCCUUGCCACAACGGCGCAAGAACAUAGGCAGAAGACGACAGCCCAUGCGAAAGACGAGUGUAUCUCAGAGAUACGGCUACGGCUCCUCCUCCAAUGUCCAGGAGCCUCUCGCAUCUCCCGGCGUGACCAUGACUGGGAGCGCAGAUCCAUCGCCGUCACCCGGGGCGUACCAAGGCAGCACGCACACGACUCCAACGACUCCGUUGAUGGACACGAUGCCUCAAGUCUAUGCAAGAGGCUCACCGGAAGUCUUCAUGGGAGCUGAAGCCACUCAGGUCGACCCGCGGCUGUAUCCCGGCGUAACUUCGCAGACCGGAUUUGUUGCUCAGCGCGAGUUGCCGUCCUAUGGCCUGGGCGCAUUUGUUGGUCUGGAUGCUGAGACCAUGUUUGCGCAGUCAGGACUCAACAAUUCUAGGUUCUAA